AUGGCCGGAGGAGCUACGAACGGUGUCAAUGGAGUGACAAAUGGCACUACAAAUGGCACUACAAAUGGCACUCACGCUACAAAUGGCACCCACACGACAAAUGGCACCCACGCAACUACAAAUGGAACGAAGCCGAGUACCAAGUCGCCCCCAAGCCAGAGCACAGCUCCACGAGCUAAGAGAGGCGAUGUUGAAAGCACAUUUACAAAAUACGCCCAAUUGAUCCAUGCCUCCAGACGCCCUCUGCCCACUCAGUCCGGAGAUGGCUCCUAUCUCAGGGAGGAGACCAAGUAUACCAGCACCUUUUCUGACCUGCGGACUAUGGGAUGGAAGGGUAUUUCCACUUUGCUGGCAGUCAGAAAGCAUAAGAAGAGUGGAAAGCUCGACAACGAUCGAGAAUACAUUAUGGAGCGAGUUAUCAGUCUCGUUGCUGGCCUUCCACCACAAUCCAAGAUGCGCAAGGACUUGACAAACACCUUUGUGAAGCAGCUUUGGGACUCUCUCCUCCAUCCACCACCAACACUGCUAGGGGAUGAUUACAGGUAUAGAACUGCAGAUGGAUCCUACAACAACCCAAUGGUCCCAAUGCUGGGAGCAGCAAACACUCCCUAUGCUCGUUCUAUCAUUCCGGAGACAGUCCAACUAGGAUCCCUUCCAGACCCAGGGCUUAUCUUCGAUAGCAUCUUUGCCCGUGAGAAGUUCAAGCCUCAUCCGAACGGAGUUUCGAGUAUCUUCUUCAAUUGGGCAUCUUUGAUCAUUCACGAUUUGUUCCAGACUGACUAUCGAAACCCUCACAUCUCGGAGACCUCUUCGUACCUCGAUCUGUCCAUCUUGUACGGAGAUAACCAAGAUGACCAGAAUAAGGUACGAACCUUCAAGGAUGGUAAAAUGAAGCCAGACUGCUACUCUGAAUCACGCCUUCUUGCCUUCCCUCCGGCGUGCAGUGUUAUCCUUAUCAUGUUGAACCGAUUCCACAACUAUGCUGUCGAGCAGCUUGCCGCUAUCAAUGAGGGUGGCCGAUUUGCGAAACCAAGAAGUGGAAUGAGCCCUGAGGCCACUGAGAAGGCCUGGGCUAAAUAUGACAAUGACCUUUUCCAGACUGGACGACUGAUUACCUGUGGUCUGUACAUUAACAUCACCCUUUAUGAUUACGUCCGUACCAUUAUCAAUUUGACCCGAAGCAACACUACUUGGAGUUUGGACCCACGAGUUCAAAUGCGUGAGGGUGCUGUUCCUGAGGCUGCUGCUAGUGGAAUUGGUAACCAGGUCUCCAUGGAAUUCAACUUGGCCUACCGCUGGCACUCCUGCAUUGGCGCUGCAGAUGAAGAUUUCACCAACACCACUUACAAGCAGAUGUUCGGAAAGAGUGGUGAAGAACUCUCUAUUCCAGAGCUUGUUGGAGGACUCGGCAAGUGGCAGGCUAGCAUUCCUGACGACCCAGCUGAGAGAACUUUUGCCGGCCUUAAGCGAAAGGCUGAUGGCACCUUCGAUGAUGGCGAGCUCAUGAACAUCAUGACAGAGGCUAUCGAAGAAGUUGCUGGUUCCUUCGGCCCCAAGAACGUUCCAAAGGCACUCCGUGGUGUUGAAAUCAUGGGUAUGCAAAUGGCCCGUAAAUGGGGUUGUGCCUCUCUCAACGAGUUCCGUAAAUUCUUCGGAUUGAAGGAGUAUCAGACUUUCGAGGAGAUCAACUCUGAUCCUGAGAUCUCGGGGGCUCUUCGUAACCUUUACGAGCACCCUGACCACGUCGAGUUGUACCCCGGUAUUGUUGCCGAAGAGCCAAAGAUUCCGAUGGUUCCUGGUGCGGGUAUUUGCCCGACUUACACUAUUUCUCGUGCCAUCUUGUCUGAUGCUGUGGUGUUGGUCCGUGGAGAUCGUUUCUACACCGUUGAUUACCACCCAAAGAAUUUGACCAACUGGGGUUACGCUGAGACUCACUAUGAUCUUAGUGUCAACCAGGGCUGCAUGUUCUACAAGCUCAUGCUUAGGGCAUUCCCCAAUCAUGUCAAGGGUGACUCCGUCUAUGCUCAUUUCCCAAUGACCAUCCCAAGCGAAAUGAAGAAGGUCCUCACAGAUCUCGGUCGACACGAUAACUUCUCGUGGGAUCGACCAGCCUUUAUUCCUCCUCGUGUCAACAUCACCUCCUACAUGGGAGCGAAGACUAUCUUAGAAAAUUCUAAGGACUUCCGUGUCACCUGGGGUGAGGCUACUGGCUUCCUUUUCGGCAAGGGAGGAUUGGACUUCAUGCUUUCUGGAGACAGUACAUUCCAUAGCCAGCAGCGCAAGACCAUGGGAAAGGCGCUGUACCACAGCGAGUGGAAGAAGCAUAUCAAGGAGUUCUAUGAGGACAUUACCAUCAGGCUCCUCAGGGAGAAGUCUUGCAAGAUUGCAGGCAUCAACCAGGUUGAUAUCACCAGAGACGUUGGUAACCUUGCACAUGUACACUUUGCCUCUAACAUCUUCGGCCUGCCACUGAAGACUGCAGAGAACCCCAAGGGCGUCUACACCGAACAUGAAAUGUUCAUGAUCAUGUGCUUGAUCUUUACUACUAUCUUCUUUGACCUGGACCCUGCCAAGUCCUUCCCGCUGAGACAAGCCUCUAGAACUGUUGCUCAGCAACUUGGCCAGAUUAUGGAGGCUCGUGUCAAGGCUGUCAAGGGCGGCAUUCUCUCCCUGUUCAGCCGUAUGGGCGAGAACAAGAACGCCUUGGCGGAGUAUGGAGUCCAUAUGAUCCGCCGCCUUCUGGAUGCCGGGCUCAGUGUUGAGCAGGUUACCUGGUCUCAGGUUAUGCCAACUGCUGGAGCUAUGAUUCCAAACCAGGCCCAAGUGUUCACCCAAAUCAUCGAUUACUACCUUUCUGAGGAGGGCAGAGUCCAUCUCCCAGAUAUCAAACGCUGGGCCAAGGAGAGAACCGACGAAGCCGAUGAGAAGCUGCUCCACUACUGCAUGGAGGGUAUCCGCUUAAACGGUACCUUCGGAUCUUACCGCGAGUCUACUGCAGCUCUCAACAUCGACGAUGAUGGCCGCAAUGUGUCCGUCAAGCCCGGUGACAAAGUCUUUGUUAGCUUCGUCGGUGCUGCCCGCGACCCCAACAUUUUCCCCUCCCCUCAUGAAGUCCGCCUCGACCGUCCGCUUGAUGCAUACAUCCACUACGGUGAAGGGCCCCAUGCUUGUCUCGGCAAGGAUGCAAACAUGAUUGCUCUCACAUCCAUGCUUCGUGUCGUCGGUAGUCUAGACAACCUCCGCCGAGCUCCAGGACCUCAGGGUGAACUGAAGAAGAUUCCACGCCCAGGCGGCUUCUACAUCUACAUGCGCGAGGACCAGAGCGGCUACUUUGUUUUCCCAAUGACCCUCAAAGUUCACUACGAUGGAGAAUUGCCAGCACAAAAAGCCCGCUAG